AUCAUUGGAAGACCUGGACAGGGAGUCAGUGCAUUCCCCUUCUCCAAAGAGAAGGGGAAGGAGGAACAGAUUUGGAAUGAGGGACUGGAAUCACCUUUCCUUCUAAAGAAAAGCUGGGAACUUUCUCAUUUGCUUCACGAGUCAACUUUUGCCAAAUGUUUAUUAAUUGGGUGAAAUGGGCGUUUUGCCCAGCAUCUGACCUAGCUCCAGCUUUCUCUUGUAGCACAGCCUGUUCUCUCCUCUGAAGCUGACUGGCUCCGGAGUGUGGCCGCUCAACUCCUGCUAUUAAAGGAGUCAGCUCCCUAAAUCGUGUUUUUUCUCUUCGGAGCCAUGGCUCUUACCAUCUCUAUCCUCCAGCUGGCCGUCUGCGCCCUGGCAUUUCCUAUAUACCUGCUGAACUUUCUGGGCUUGUGGAACUGGAUAUGCAAAAAAUGUUUUCCCUACUUCUUGAUAAGACUCACUGCAAUGUACAACACACAGAUGGCGAGCAAGAAGCGGGAGCUCUUCAGCAACCUGCAGGAGUUCGCAGGCCCCUCCGGGAAGCUCUCCCUGCUGGAGGUGGGCUGUGGCACCGGGGCCAACUUCAAGUUCUAUCCGCCUGGAUGCAGGGUGACCUGUGUUGACCCCAAUCCCAACUUUGAGAAAUUCUUGAUCAAGAGCAUUGCCGAGAACCGACACUUGCAGUUCGAGCGCUUCGUGGUGGCUGCCGGGGAGAACAUGCACCAGGUAGCGGAUGGCUCCAUGGAUGUGGUGGUUCUCACCCUGGUGCUGUGUUCGGUGAAGAACCAGGAGCAGAUCCUCCAGGAAGUGUGCAGAGUGCUGAGGCCGGGAGGGGCUUUUUAUUUCAUGGAGCAUGUUGCAGCUGAGCAGUCAACCUGGAAUUACUUCUGGCAACAGGUCCUGGAUCCUGUUUGGUUCCUUCUGUUUGAUGGGUGCAACCUGACCAGAGAAAGCUGGAAGGCUGUGGAGCGGGCCAGCUUCUCCAAGCUGAAGCUGCAGCACAUACAGGCCCCGCUGUCCUGGAAGCUGGUGCGCCCUCACAUCUACGGAUAUGCUGUGAAAUAGCGCGAGUGGGGAGUAGUGCUGAAUGAAUGGCUCAAAUACUUUAAGGCUUCAGUUUUACACUUAAAAUACUAAUUGGGAGAAGAGAAACCCUUUUUUAAGUAAAGUCGAAUUUCAACCCCACAAGUUUAUGUUAUACCCUAUCCAGCCAUUUUCUAUUGUUUUCCAAAGAAUCUGUCCACGUUAGGUUGCACUGCUGUUUUCUGAUUUUAUUUAGGCUACACUUGGAUUUGAGUUUACUUGCAUGUUGUUUUCUUUUACAACACCUAUGAUCGUUUGUAAAUAUGUAUUUCUAUGAGCACCUGGAAAGAAAGAUCUGUUUGUUCUCCUGGCAUAUAAUAAGUGCUUAAUAGAUAUUUGUUGAACAAAUUAAGUAAACAAAACAAAAACAGCUUUGAACUCUCCUUUAAAAGGAAACCAUGAGCCCUGGCCGGUUUGGCCCUGGUUAGAGCAUCGGCCUA